CUUCUGUCUCUGUGCCUGCGUUCUUUCCCACCUCUCGUCUCUGUCUCUCUCUCUUGUCGUCUCUGCGUCGUACCCACCCCUUCCUCGUCUGCUUCCAUUCAGAUUAUUUACCCAUCUCCUCCUCGCUCCCUCUGCUGUGUCUCUCUCCUCCCUCUCUUCUUCUCCUCCUUGCUCGAACCUCCCCACCCUACAUUCCUCCCUUCCUACCAACGCUCCCUCCCACCUCCUCCUCCUCCUCCUGUUGGAGAUCUUCAAAGCUGCCCAGCACACACUUGCACAUAGCAUAACACUCUCCUCUCCUGCUUGGGAAAAACAUGUCAGCUAUUCUGGACCUGGACCAGAUUGCAUGCUCUGGGAAUGGAGUGGAGCAUGAUAUCGAGACUCCCCAUGGCGUUCUCCAUGUGACGAUGAGAGGCGUUCCCAAGGGCAACAGACCCGUCAUCCUCACCUAUCACGACAUCGGGCUCAACCACAAGUCGUGCUUCAAUACCCUGUUCAACUACGAGGACAUGCAGGAGAUCACGCAGCACUUUGCGGUGGUUCACGUGGAUGCGCCCGGCCAGCAGGAAGGUGCACCCCCCUUCCCCACUGGUUAUCGCUACCCAACCAUGGAUGAGUUGGCUGAAAUGCUUCCCUCUGUGAUGACUCAGCUGAAGGUCAACAGCGUGAUCGCCAUUGGCGUGGGAGCAGGAGCGUACGUCCUCAGCCGCUUUGCGCUGAACAACCCCACUCUGGUGGAGGGAUUGGUUCUGAUUAAUGUUGACCCUUGUGCGGAAGGAUGGAUUGACUGGGCGGCGUCAAAGCUGACUGGAUGGACCAGUAACCUGGUGGACAUCAUCAUGUCUCACCACUUCAGCACUGAUGAGCUGACAGACAACCAGGAGCUGAUCCAGACCUAUCGUCUCCACAUCGCCCAAGACAUCAACCAGGACAACCUGGCCCUCUUCUGUGGCUCCUACCAAUACCGUCGUGACCUGGAGAUCGAGAGGCCAAUUGUAGGUCUGAAUGAGGACACGGUCAACACACUAACGUGCCCUGCACUGUUGGUGGUCGGUGACACGUCGCCUGCUGUGGAGGCUGUGGUGGAGUGCAAUUCAAGGUUAAAUCCAACCAAGACCACUCUGCUAAAGAUGGCUGAUUGUGGAGGCUUGCCCCAGGUUGUGCAGCCAGGGAAACUUGCCGAGGCCUUCAAGUACUUUGUCCAGGGCAUGGGCUACAUUCCCUACGUUCUCCUCAGUCACCUGAGCAACGAAUCAGUGCCGACAGUGGGGAUGACGCGUCUGGCUCGCUCGCGCACCGCCUCCUCCUCCAGCAUCACUUCCAUGGACAGCAGUCGCAGUCGCAACAACCUCAACAGCCUGCUGGAGGGCAGUGCCACCGGGGGCCUGGACAGCCAGUCCAGACCCCAGACCAUGGAGGUGUCCUGCUAAACCCCACCCCUCCCCCAACCCCCUGCACCAUCCCAUAGUAACUUAUGUGGCCCCCCCCCCCUCCCUCCCUCUCUCUCUCUGUCUCUCUCUCUCAUUCCUCUCCUAAGCAGUUCAGCACUAGGAGGAUCUGUAAUGAACUACGUUAUUAGAAAAGCAGGUGUAAUAAAUAUAUUAACAGAUGCAUAAUAUUAAAUAUUAUAUUGAAUACACUGUCAAAGUCACAUUCUUACCAGAAACCACAACUACAUUCAGAUGUGUUGUAUAUACAAAUGGUCAAACCACUUUGUAGACUCAACUGUCCAUCGUCACCCUCCUGUAUUUAUUUUUUCCCCCCACACAUUGCUCUGUGUAUGUUUCCACACACACACACGUACUGUAGCAAUCCUCUGUGUGUACAAAGUAACUUUGUACUUUAUUUCUUUUCCAUUUAAUUACAAGGUACUACACUUUUUAAUAUUGAGCUGCUACAUUGAUCUAUGUAGAGGGAUCACUAAAGCUACAGUAGCUGCUGAGACAGGAUUGCUCUAUAUUCAAAAUGAUGCCACACCAAGUGAUGUGGGGGAUACGUGAAGGAAGCAGAGCUUAGUGUAAGCACACGAAGUAAAAGCAAGUCAAAGCUUUGCUUUUAGACCCAACAGAACAUUCAAUGUUGAGGAAAAGUCCCUGUCCCUGUCACUUCACACCGGUUCAUUCUUUUUGUAAGUCUCAUUUUUCUUUCUGAUUUGUGUUUUGAUGUUUUUGUUCAGUUGCGUAGAUUAUAGCGAUGUUUUAACAACCUUUUAACAAGUGGGGUCUGAUGUGCGAACAGUACGAGUUCCUUCACCGAGCGGCCCGGUCGCACAUCUCACUGUCUGCUGAGUCAACUCAUUUAUAUUUCAACUGAAUAAAGCUACAACAUGA